GGGUUCGCACAGACGGUCGCACAGGUUCCAGCUCUUUAGCGGGAGAUGGUGUAGGUGUGCGAGCCGGAUCUGAAGCUGCAGGUUGUGGGAUUAGUGAUUUGCUUUCCUAAGCGGUAGAAAAGUUGAAGAAGAUGUCUAGACAGAACUUAGUGGCUUUGACAGUGACCACCCUUUUGGGCAUGGCUGUGGGGGGUUUUGUCCUCUGGAAAGGCAUCCAGCACCGAAGGAGUAGAAGGAACCGUGUGGCCCAGCAGCAGCAGCAGCAGCAGCAAGAGAAAGUGCCAGGCAGUAAAGAGCUGUCCCCUUCAGAAGAGUCCCAGUUGUCCUCCACUGCCCCUAGAGCCUCGUGGGAGAAGAGGCUCCUCGAAGCCAAAGUGGUGACGGUGUCUCAGGAGGCAGAGUGGGAUCAUAUUGAGCCCUUGCUUAGAAGUGAAUUAGAAGAUUUUCCAGUACUUGGAAUCGAUUGUGAGUGGGUGAAUCUGGAAGGGAAAGCCAAUCCUCUGUCACUUCUACAGAUGGCCUCCCCAAGUGGCCUCUGUGUCUUGGUUCGCUUGCCCAAGCUGAUCUGUGGAGGAAAAACACUACCAAGAACGUUAUUGGAUGUUUUAGCAGAUGGCACCAUCUUGAAAGUCGGAGUGGGAUGUUCAGAGGAUGCCAGCAAGCUUCUUCAGGAUUAUGGCCUUGUUGUUAGAGGAUGCCUAGACCUACGAUACCUGGCCUUGCGGCAGAGGAACAAUUUGCUCUGUAAUGGGCUUAGCCUGAAAUCACUUGCUGAGACUGUUUUGAACUUUCCUCUUGACAAAUCCCUUCUACUUCGUUGCAGCAACUGGGAUGCUGAGACUCUUACAGAUGACCAGGUAACUUAUGCUGCCAGGGAUGCCCAGAUUUCAGUGGCUCUCUUUCUCCAUCUUCUUGGAUACCCUUUCUCUAGGAAUUCACCUGUAGAAACAAAUGAUGACCACAGUGCCUGGAGAAGAGUCUUAGAGAAGUGUCAGGAUGUGGUAGACAUCCCAUUUCGAAGCAAAGGACUUAGCAGAUUGGGAGAAGAGGUUAAUGGUGAAGCAACAGAAUCUCAGCAGAGGCCAAGAAGUAAGAAGUCUAAGGUCGAUGACAUGGUGCCAGGCAACCACCAAGGGAGAGACCCCAGAAAACAUAGAAGAAAGCCCCUGGGGGUGGGCUAUUCUGCCAGAAAAUCCCCUCUUUAUGAUAACUGCUUUCUCCAUGCUCCUGAUGGGCAGCCCCUCUGCACUUGUGAUCGAAGAAAAGCUCAGUGGUACCUGGACAAAGGCAUUGGAGAGCUGGUGAGUGAAGAGCCUUUUGUGGUCAAACUACAGUUUGAACCCGCAGGAAGGCCUGAAUCCCCAGGAGACUAUCACUUGAUGGUUAAAGAGAACCUGUGUGUUGUGUGCGGCAAGAGAGACUCCUACAUUCGGAAGAAUGUGAUUCCACACGAGUACCGGAAGCACUUCCCCAUUGAGAUGAAGGACCACAACUCCCAUGAUGUGCUGCUGCUUUGCACCUCCUGCCAUGCUGUCUCCAACUACUAUGACAACCAUCUGAAGCAGAGGCUGGCCAAGGAGUUUCAGGCCCCCAUUGGCUCCGAGGAGGGCUUGCGCCUGCUGGAGGAUCCUGAGCGCCGGCAGGUGCGUUCCGGGGCCCGGGCCCUGCUCAAUGCCGAGAGCCUGCCCACUCGCCGAAAGGAGGAACUACUGCAGGCGCUCAGGGAGUUUUAUAGCACAGACGCAGUCACGGAUGAGAUGCUUCGAAGGGCUGCCAGCCUGGAGAUCAGGAUUUCCAAUGAAAACUAUGUUCCUCACGGGCUAAAGGUAGUGCAGUGUCACGCCCAGGGUGGGCUGCGCUCCCUCAUGCAGCUGGAGAGCCGUUGGCGUCAGCACUUCCUGGACUCCAUGCAGCCCAAGCACCUGCCCCAGCAGUGGUCAGUGGACCACAACCAUCGGAAGCUGCUUCGGAAAUACGGGGAAGACCUUCCCAUCAAGCUGUCAUCAUAGCUCCCUUCCUCCCAGGUUAGGACAGGUGGGAAGCGACAGCCAAGGCUGAAGAGUCACCUCUUUCUGUUUUAAUACGUCAUUAAUGAUCAAAGCCUGGUGACACAACUUAGACUACUAACUUACAUUAAUCCCAGGAUACUUUUGAUGGAGCAAGGCUAUUUGUUUUAAGGGGAGCUUAUGAUUUUGGAUUUUAGUUGGGUCAGUAUCCUUUUUUUCUCUAUUUUUGUGGAUAGAGGAGGCCUUGGCCUUUGUUUUUAUUCUUUCUCUUCUGCUUUCCCUGUGCAGAAGAAAAAGGUAUUCUCCCUUAAGUGACUUGUUAAGAUUUUUAGAAAAUGUUUUUAGUAUAUUUCUGCCCUGUUCAGUAUGUUGGUUUUUCUCUAACAGGGUUGUACAGUAUGUUAAUCUCUUCAGGUUAGGAGGAGAGAAAAAGUUCUUCCAGAGGUUAGAGAAGUGAACAAGAGAUAUAUUUAUUUUCCUAAUUCAACCUCACAAUUAUAACUUUUUUGGCUUCCUGCUAUCCCAUAACUCAUCUGGUUGGGAUCCAUCCCCUCUGGGUCACUUCAGUUUAUUUCAUGUUACCUGAAAAUGCUUCCUUUCACAUACCCAGUUGACCAAAGCAGCAACUGCCUGCCAUGCGCUUCCAUCCAACACUGGGGGAAAUCCUUUUCUGGAAAUAAGCCUUCAACUUGGAUAGGGCAGAAAGGACAAUAGACACUAUCUCCCAGUAGAACUCUGACAUUUGCUUGGCCUUUCCUUUUGUCUGUCUGUUGCCUGCUUGUUGCACUCCUCCUGCCUACAACUGCAAGGUUUUAACUUAUCCCUUUUUGAAGAGAAGAUUAUCUUUUCUUAGAAUCAGUAUCAGUUCCUGUUGGUGUUCUGUAUUCUAUCAGAUUUGCAAUACUGACCUCUUAUAGUACUUAAUUCACUCCCAGAGACCUUUGGUCAGGUUGUAUUCAGAGGACUAAUUCAUCUCCCCUGAAGCCUGGGAUUAGUUAAUAUGUUAGAUGUUCAUAAGGGGGGUGGUGGUUUCAUUUUUCAAAAUGUUAAGCCACUAUUUUGAGUAUGAAAUCAACUUAUGAGUGAUUAAUGUUUUUUCUUAAGUAUUAGGAAAAUAUUCUUAUUUUAUAGGACAUUAACAAGCUUAAAAAGGAAUUUUAUAACCAGUAUCCAAUAAGAAUUCUGUUUUGGAAUUGUGCCCAAGUUGGGGAUUGGUUGCUCUGCCGUUGAUAAAUAAAACCUCUUAUAAG